AAACUUCUAUUAUAAAAAACGCGUUUACUUUUUCUAUUACAUACCAUUCUCAUUACAAUUUAAAAACCAUCUCAAAAUAAGCCAAGGCGCUCAGUCCUUUUUGCUCUCUUUGUUUGCCAUCUCAAAAUGUUAUAGAAUCGUUAAAAAAACAGAAACAAGGCACAAAAUUUAUUGUCAAGAACCAAAAAAGCUUGCUCCUUUUCUUUUCUUGAUUGCUGCAAGAGAGACACCAAUAAUUCUUGUUUUUCUUGGUUUUGGGCGUCUCAAGAAAAUUAAUAUGUGUCCUCUUAGAUUCAUAUUGGUGUUUUUCUCAGCAGUUUUGGCCGGAUAUUUUGCAUGGAGGACUGUACGGUCGCCGCCGGAGAUUGAAACUGCAGUUUCCGAUGACUCAUCGUUUGAAAUGAAAGAUAAACAAGAAUUCAAUGCGAAGAGGGUGAUUCAAAAUGGAUUCUGGGUAUUUGUCGACAUGGCUAGCGGAAAAUACCUGUGGAGGAAUUUCAAGGAGAUGAGGAAAGAAGAUCAGAAGAGCUGCUAGGAAUUUACCUUGGGGAUAUUUUUCUCUCUUUUGUUCUUGAUUUGGGGAAGGUAGAACUUAGAAUUUGAGGGACAGGUGCCUGCAAUUGUAAUUUCAAUAACACAUGUAAUUGGUUUUAGCAUAUAAUCCCUUUUAGGCUAAUGAAAGAUUGAACUUGGAAAUAUUUGUACAUGUUAAAAUUGAAAAUAAGGGUAGUAGUCUUCAUUUUAACGAGGAAAAA